CCCCCUCCCCUGUAUUUCAACACUGUACAGAACUCAAGUUGUCCACCCGCCGCACACCCACAACCAUCUUCCCCGAGUGCGCCCAGAACAUGGUGGUGGCGGAGCUCGUGAACGCAGCGCACGGGUAAAAGAGCCAGCCAGCGGGGUUCAACUCCAGCCAGAGCCGCCACACAAGCUCCAGCAGACGGGGAGGAGAACCGAGAGCGGACGGAAGAGGACGGCGGCGGUGUGCUCGCCUGGCAUGAGCUUUGCCCACGGAGGGAAAAAAAAGUGUUUCAGAGGAAUGCUGAACAGACAAAGUGGAGAUUAAAGAGGCGGAUAAUAAUAUUGGCGUGGGAUUUGAAGCAACGUGAGAUGUCAGUCUUGCUCUGAACUCCAGCAAUGUUAAACAACUGCCAGCCCGAUCAAACGACGUGAGGCCUGGGGAAGAAGAAGAAGAAAACUUUCGUCUUCAUUUCCAACACUUUAUAUGAGAUUUCUUCUAAGUGACUGGCUUUAGAAAGGAUUGCACAGAAACAAGGGUGUACUUUCCCUCAGCACACUUCAGCUUGUGUGAGCGCCUCGGUGUCAUCAGUGUUUAGUUCUUCUUGGAAGUUGAAAUCUUGAGUAUUAUUGGUCUUCUGGAGCUGGCAGAUAUGCACAGGCGCGCUUCGCCCUCGCGCUGAUGUCAUCUGGAGGUGUCACGACGUCGACUUGAGCCUGGAAGUGUUUAAUGCGCUUUGAAAGCUGGAAUAUUCACGGUUGACAUCCGGAGUGGGUGUUCAGGAAAGGACGGGGCUCCUCCAUGGGAAUAGGCCAUCUUCUGACCCUCGGCUUGGGCAGAAGUGCAUAAGUAGCGAGAUCUGCCCCGAGUUUUGACGGGAAACACAGGCAACUUCAGCGUCUUACUGUCAGGCGUUCACUUUUGUGAGGACCAUUAUGGUGCCAGAACCCAAGGGAGUAUGUUGUUAGAGAUGUUUUGCAACUUUUUGUUAUUUUUAUUUUUUUGAUUCUUUAAAGGGAAACAUGGCGCAUUUAAAAGAAGUUUUCUCUCAGAAAGUGGAUCUCUUCAACAGCUAACACUGUUGAUAAACCGCAACCAAAAGCAUUUGGUAUUUUUUCGACUUAAAUUUGGCAUUAGACCGAAGUUGAUAGUUCAAAAAAAUGUGUCAAAUCUGGCGUUUUUGAAAUAUGAAAUGUAAAUGUAUGUUAUGUUUGCAUAUCACUUGGAAAGGGAAAUUAAAUUCAAAUAUUGUCGAGCAUUGGAGAGGGUGUAUGAGGGACAGCGUUGACUUGAUUGAUUAAAAACUAACUUAAAACUCUCUUUAACACUCUUUGUAAAUCAUUUUCUAAAUUUAAACUUUACGUAUUUAGUGUUGUGGUAUGAAAAGGGUAUUUUAAAACGAUGUUGUCGAAAAAGGAGGAUCAAGAAAGUGACAGUGCGUCAGUCGCGCGGACGGAGCAAAAGUACACACAUGCGCGUUCACGCGCCACUGAGCCACAGAAAUAUAAUGGAAUCCGAGUCCUGCUGACGUAAUCCCAGCACGGAUAAGGAACUGCUCAAGAGUCCAGGACAGUCCAUCUUCAUAGCGUGAAUGCACUUGGAGUUUGGUUCACGCUGGACUUUUUUCAAAUACAAACUUUGUUUUUUGUACUCCUUAAAAGCCAAGUGCCACUUCCCCUGAGCUGUCAACAGUUUGUGAUAUGUGAUAAUUAAUUGUUGUCUCAUUGCCAUGUCAUUGCCAGAGCAACAGCCGCUGCAUAAGACCGAGGUUUGGUGCGACAGUGAAGGAGGAGCAGUUACUGUGCGGAUAAACGACAGCCAUAAUCAGCAGGUGCGUCCAAACCAAUCUGUUGUCCCUGACAUGGGUUCCUCCAAACCCUGCAAAUACAGCAUCUCCUCAAGCUGUAGCUCAGGGGAGUUGGGUGUUCCUAGAGCAGUGAUGACUCACCUGAGCAGUCAGAGGAGGGUGCCCCCACUUUUUGAGAGGUCUGCCGCACAGUGCUGGGACCCCAAAUUUGACUCCCCCAUCCUGGAGGAGGCAUGCAGGGAGCGUUGCUUCCCGCAGAUGCAGAGAAGAUUCCGCUACAUCCUGUUCUACCUGGCCACCGCUGCACUCCUGUGGGGGAUAUACUUCGGGAUCAAUAGCACUAGGUGUGAGCCUACAAACUUCCUUGUCCCAACAUCAGGGUUUCUUAUACUGUGCCUCGUCCUCCUAUGGUUUACAUUCACAAAGCCUUAUACUCGAUUCUACAACCACACCUCCUUCCUCCUCACUGUCAUCAUGUUUGGCAUCACCCUGGCACCCCAGACUCAGACUGCUCACUUUGCUCAUUAUGACGGCCACAGAGCAGACAAUCAGUCACCACUACCUGUUUAUCAAAAUGCUUCUUGCAUAUCACCCGUUGGGACAUUUUCUCUCUGUAUGGAGGUGCUGCUCUUGCUGUACAGUGUGUUGCACUUGCCUCUGUAUGCCUCAGUGCUUCUAGGCCUGCUGUAUUCAGUGCUCUAUGAAGCGUUAGGCUGGUUGCACCUUGCUCAGUUGGACGAGAGUUAUGUUGGGUCAAGGGAAGGAAUUUCGGGCACACUCAGCUGGCUUGGCCCAGGCAAAUUCCUGCUGCACUUGUGUGCACAUGUCAUCGGCAUCCAUAUUUUCAUAAUGUCUGAAGUGCGCUCUCGGAGUACCUUUCUCAAAGUCGGCCAGGCCAUCAUGCAUGGGAAGGACUUGGAGGUUGAGAAGGCGCUAAAGGAGCGGAUGAUCCACUCUGUGAUGCCCUGCUCGGUGGCGGACGAGCUGCUGAAGCAGGGGGACGAGGAGAGCGAGAGCUCAGGGAAACGAUACAGCGCAGGUACGUGCUCCAUGGCCGCCGCAGCUGCCGUAACCUCAUCCAGCCCCAAAAGCCACAAGCGAAAGAAGAACUCCAUCCCUCGUGGACAGAUCAUUUUCAGGCCCUUCAACAUGAAGCGCAUGGAGCCAGUGAGCAUCCUCUUUGCUGACAUUGUGGGAUUUACCAAAAUGAGUGCCAACAAGUCUGCCCAUGCUCUGGUGGGACUCUUAAACGACCUCUUCGGCCGCUUUGACCGUCUCUGUGAGUUGACCAGCUGCGAAAAAAUCAGCACUCUAGGAGAUUGCUAUUAUUGUGUGGCGGGCUGUCCCGAACCGCUCACUGAUCACGCGUAUUGCUGUGUGGAAAUGGGGCUUGGGAUGAUCCAGGCCAUCGAGCAGUUCUGCCAGGAGAUGUCGGAGACGGUGAACAUGCGUGUCGGUGUGCACACGGGCACUGUGCUCUGUGGGAUUCUGGGAAUGAAGCGCUUCAAGUUUGACGUCUGGUCCAAUGAUGUCAACUUAGCCAAUCUCAUGGAGCAGCUGGGCGUAGCAGGAAAGGUGCACUUGUCGGAGGUCACAGCAGGUUUUCUGGACGACCGCUAUGAGAGGGAAGAUGGACGAGUGAUUGAACGUGUCGGGCACAGUGUCACUGAUCAGCUGAAAGGUUUAAAGACGUAUCUGAUCUCGGGUCGGAAGCUGGGCUCUCAGUGUGGAUGUUCACAGCUCAGUUUGGGCCAAGACUUUGGCGAGACGUUAAGUCCGUCCUCAAAUACACACACUCCAGAUCACACACACUGCCCCAUUGCAGAACCACCAUCGCAUGGCAAGGCUGGGUUUAUACCCUGUAGCAUCUCCAUAGACGUCGUUGACAAUCCAACAACAGAUGAGGCAACUCAAAAUGGCUGCCAGGACGAACAUCGAGCCAACAGCAGCAAGUUUCCCGCAGGUCGCAGUCCUAAAACCCUGAAUGGGCUGUUGAGUCCUCUGUGUGAGGAGCGGGUGAGAGUCAGCCAGUCGUCUCUGUGUGACAAACUCCAGGAGAAGGACCGCAGCUGGGCCGGAAGUCUGGCUGCAGAAGGCAAGGACCACUCGGCAAUCCUCCCGCUGCGCUCCAAAAACUUCAGAGAGAAAAGCGACGCGCACUUUGUGGAGGUGAUAAAGGAAGACAGUCUGAUGAAGGAUUACUUCUUCAAGCCGCCCAUUAACAAACUGAGUCUGAACUUCCUGGAAAAGUCUCUGGAGUCAGCUUACCGCACCAGCUACUAUGAGCAGGUGAUGAAUCAUGUGCCUGUUCAGACGUUUGCGAGUCCAGUGUUCAGCUCUCUGCUAGACGUCCUGCUGUCAUGUACUGUGUUUCUGGCUCUGACCAUGGCCUGUUUCCUCUACCCGCUGGUGUCCAUGCAGACGCCUCUGGCCGCCACACUGGGCCUGGCUAUCACUGCUGCGCUGCUGGAGCUCGUCUCGCUCCUUCUGUCCAUUCGUAUGAUCUUCUGUCUGGACGAUGUGCAGAACUGCAGUCGCUUUCUGCUGAAGCUGGUGUCUGGUUGGGUGCCGCGGCAUGUGAUCGGGGCUGUGCUUGUGUCACUUCCUGCUGUGUCAGUUUUCUCCCACCUGGCCUACAGUCUGCAGCUGCCCAUCCAGGUGAUAAUGUUCCUGUGCUGCGCUCUCAUUAUUGCCAUUAUCCAGUACUGUACCUUCUGCCAGCUGAGUUUCUGGAUGCGUUCAGCUCUGGCCACUGUCGCUGGUUUGUCUUUGCUCAUCCUGCUCUACAGCACCAGCACCACGACCAGCACCACUGAUACAUUUCCGAGUUUUGGAAAUAUCAGUAACCAGAGUGCACAAGUGGAUCUGUCAAGCGAAUCGAACUCUGUGCCCACAGCACUUGACCUGCUCGUCCUAGAGACUGUGCUCUCAUUCUUCCUUCUGCUGCUGCUAGUUUGGUUCCUCAACCGGGAGUUCGAGGUCAGCUACCGUCUGCAUUACCAUGGGAAUGUGGAAGCCGACAAGCAUCGCAUCAAGAUUCAGACCAUGCGAGAUCAAGCAGACUGGCUGCUGCGUAACAUCAUCCCCAUCCACGUCGCAGAGCAGCUGAAGGUGAAUCAGAGCUACUCUAAAAAUCACGACAACGUCGGGGUCAUCUUCGCAAGUAUCGUCAACUUCAGCGAGUUUUACGAAGAAAGCUACGAAGGUGGGAAAGAGUGCUACCGAGUACUCAAUGAACUCAUUGGAGACUUCGACGAACUGCUGCGUCAGCCUGCAUUCUCCAAUGUUGAGAAGAUUAAAACCAUUGGCGCCACCUACAUGGCGGCGUCUGGAUUAAAUGGGCAGCAGUGCCAAGAGCAGCCACACCCACACGCUCACCUAUGCGCCCUCUUUGACUUCGCCCUUGAAAUGAUGCACGUAGUGGACGAUUUUAACAAAAACAUGUUGGGCUUCAAGUUUAAGCUGCGAAUCGGCUUCAACCAUGGACCCCUGACUGCUGGUGUCAUCGGCACAACAAAGCUGCUCUAUGACAUAUGGGGUGACACGGUCAACAUCGCCAGCCGCAUGGACAGCACUGGAGUUGAGUGCCGCAUACAAGUUAGCGAAGAGAGCCACUGUGUGCUCAGCAGAAUGAACUACGCCUUUGAUUAUCGCGGCACUGUAAACGUGAAAGGGAAAGGGCAGAUGAGGACUUACCUGUUUCCCCAAAUGAACGAGGGCGGAAUAGGGUCCACACAAAGCCUGGAAGGCCAGGUGGACAGUUUAGAGCCUAGCACACUUGCCAAUACAACAACGCCAACACACGCUGCACCACUAAUCCCUCCAUCCAACUCUCCCAAUGCUGCCUCUAUCAGUGGCCACGGUGUGCCUCAGGGUCCUGUAUUAGGCCCGUCUCAGAUUACUAAGGAUGCUAUUUCUGUCCCUGAGCUCAAGGAAAAGGAUUACAACAGUCCUUAUCAAGCACCAUCGCUAAGUGGUACACAACCUUCCUCAAUAGCACAACUGUACGCGCCGCUAGCCAGACCAGAGACACCUUUACAAGGAGAGGAAGAUGAAGCAGAUGAGCGUACAAAGCUCAGGGCAGUGGAGUGAAUUAAACGUCCUCCCCACCUCAGCUGACCAGCAGUCCUUCCUCAAGAACAGUUCAUAUCAACGUCUUUUUAAGGGGCUUUUCUGAUCACAACUGUUCCAAUGAGUAGCAUUAGCCUGCAUUUGGAAUAUGCGUUGAUAAUUGGAGAAAUGGGUGCGCUGAGCAUCUGCUGUGUGGAUCACAGUGUAGCACAGAAGGGAACGAGUGGGGUUCAUUUUUCUGAUGUUCUCAAAUUAGUUUUUUGGUUUUGUUUAUAAAGUGCCUUCACAAUAUCUACGAUCACUCGAAUGAACAAAUCAAUGAGAUAUUUAAACAAAUAUAUCAGCGUGGCUUUUGGAAAUAUGUGGAUGGGGGACGCAAAAAUUGUAACGUGUUACACCUCUUAUGCCAUAUUCACUUUAUUUCAGUGUAUACUUCAGACAAGGUGAUUGAUAAAACGCUAGUUGCUAAUGUAUUAUGGAGAUUCUAAAGAAACAUACAGCAUAUUUGUUUCACUUUCACUUUCAAAUAAAACCAAGGAAAGACAAGGGAGGAUAGAUAAACAACGGACACUUCUAUUUACAAAGCCUACAUUUAAUAUCCGAUUUAUCUGACAGCAACCAAUGUAGCUUUUAUCAAUGGGAGGUAAAAGAGGCUCGCGCACAAUAGCAACCUGAACUCGUAAAAUUAGUAAAAUGGCACAAUCGGCCUUGUGUUUAAACAAUCAAGAUGGCCAAAAUCACGCUGUGUGCUCUCGUUCUCCACUUUAUUAGAGGAAGAUGAAUGCAUUUGGAAGUUUAGAACAAGUUUGGGGGUUCGGAACAUUUUUCGGAGCCUCUAACCUUAAUUUCUGAGCACAAUUAUGACCUAUAAGGGAAUAUCCAAAUUUUUCAAACAAGUAUGGCACUUAUAAUAUUUGGAUGGAGAAGGAAUUACUAAAUUAUUCACUAAUUGAGGCCUUCGAUGAAGCGUGAACCCAUUUUGUAGCUGAAUUGUUUAUUAAUGCAUUGACUAAUAAUUGACUUCAUUCAGUGCCUCAACUUUUCCUAUCAGAAUCAGUCAUUCUCCACUGUGAUCAUGCCAGCAGAGCAUAAGUUGGAAUCGCCAUUGGUAGCAUUAGCCUGCAUUUGGAAUAUGUGUUGAUAAUUGGAGAAAUGGGUGCGCUGAGCAUCUGCUGUGUGGAUCACAGUGUAGCACAGAAGGGAACGAGUGGGGUUCAUAUUUCUGAUGUUCUCAAAUUAGUUUUUUGGUUUUGUUUAUAAAGUGCCUUCACAAUAUCUACGAUCACUCGAAUGAACAAAUCGAAGAGAUGUUUAAACAAAUAUAUCAGCGUGGCUUUUGGAAAUAGGUGGAUGGCGGACAUAAAAAUUGUAACGUGUUACACCUCUUAUGCCAUAUUCACUUUAUUUCAGUGCAUACUUCAGACAAGGUGAUUGAUAAAACUCUAGUUGCUAAUGUAUUAUGGAGAUUAUAAAGAAACAUACAGCAUAUUAGUUUCACUUUCACUUUCAAAUAAAACCAAGGAAAGACAAGGGAGGAUACAUGAACAACGGGCACUUCUAUGUACAAAGCCUACAUUUAAUAUCCGAUAUGUCUGGCAGCAACCAAUGUAGCUUUUAUCAAUGGGAGGUAAAAGCGGCUCGCGCUCAAUAGCUACCUGAACUCGUGAAAUUAGUAAAAUGGCACAAUCAGCCUUGUGUUUAAACAAUCAAGAUGGCCAAAAUCACGCUGUGUGCUCUCGUUCUCCACUUUAUUAAAGGAAGAUGAAUGCAUUUGGAAGUUCAGAGCAUAUUUUUUGGAGCCUCUAACCUUAAUUUCUGAGCACAAUUAUGACCUAUGAGGGAAUAUCCAUAUUUUUCAAACAAGUAUGGCACUUAUAAUAGUUGGAUGGAGAAGGAAUUACUAAAUUAUCCACUAAUUGAGGCCUUCGAUGAAGCGUGAACCCAUUUUGUAGCUGAAUUGUUUAUCAAUGCAUUGACUAAUAAUUGACUUCAUUCAGUGCCUCAACUUUUCCUAUCAGAAUCGGUCAUUUUUCACUGUGAUCAUGCCAGCAGAGCAUAAGUUGGAAUCGCCAUUGAUUUGAUCAAUCACCUUGCACUUAUGAUACCCGUUCACUCCAUUUCCUUGAGGAAGAUGGGUCACCAUAGUCUGCAAGCAGCUUCAAUUCAAACAUCAAUCUCAGCCUUUUUUGAGUGCGCCAAUUCUGUUGGAAUUUUAAUAGCAGCUCUAACUUCAUUUUUUUACCCAGAAUAGUUGAUGUUUUCAGAUUGUGCCUGCUUUACUUGCUGAUUUUUUUAGUCUGGAUGGAUUCAGAACACUAGAGAUAAAUCUGCAGUAUAUCUUCCGAUGCGUCUUACAUUUCAGUCAACUAUCAAGCGAAGCCAUUUUAGCUUCUCACAGCAAGUUGGAUCAGUAUCAUGUAUUAAGAAUAAGCUGGGCUCUGAGAUUUAAGGAAAAUCCACCCUCCUCAUUUUGUUUACAGAGCAAUCACUAGUUUUCCUUUUAAAAAAGAAUCCAGUGCCUUAUGUUGCCUUCUUUUUUCCUCAUUCGUAAUACCAGAUUGCUUUCAAAAUAUAGGGACAGCUUUCACAAUAGUAUGUUAUUGUAUAUUAAUAUUAUUAUUAUUAUUAUUUCCUUUUUGAUGUGAAUUAUAAUUCCAGGCUCUCUCUCUUUUUUUUAAUGUACACUGUGUAUCUUUAAAUGGAACUUUUCGGGAUGGAAAAGGGAUUUUUGCUGUUAAUUGUGCACUGCUUUUCAGCCAUUCACCUAUUGAGUUAUUGUAUCACUCCAUUGGCAAAAGGAGCUCAGUGUUGACAGUAUUGAAUUACUUGUGCAUAAUGUAUGUUGUUUUGUAUUAAAUGCAUUCAUAUUUAUUGGGGCUGUGCAUGGAUCGGUGCUCACCCACAGAGCCUAAUAUUAAAAAAGGGCAUAUUUAUGAAAGCGAGCCACUUAAAGAAGGGAACGACACACGGGACGCCUAGUUUCAACAUAACAAGCAUCUAUUUUAGUCCUCGGCUCUGAAAAAUUCUGCUAAUUGUUUUAAUGCCUUUUCUGUAGGUUUUCUGCAUUUUAGUUUUGCAAUUCUUAAAGUUUAAUAUGAAUCAGUGUUUUUAUUUUUUGGCUCUUCACUUCUUCAUUUUAUUUUGUCGAUGGUUAAAUCCUAAGUGCAUAGGCGAUAUGUUUGAGGACAAAUCUAAAAUGCACAUAACCGAUUUGUUGUGGUGCUCGAGUGUUAAAGAAAUGUGCCCUUAAAUAUGAUUUCACAUGCUUUUAAUAACUGUGUAAUAAUUAUUUAGGCUUUUUUUUGUGUUGGGAAUAUGUGUAUACCAAAGAAUUUAAAUCGUGUGGGCAGAAACUGCAAGACAGAGCUGUGGAAUGUGGACAAGAUGUUGUUUUUUUUUCUCCCUUUUUUCUUCUUUUUCCUCAGCAGCACAUGUUCCUCGAUGUUCUUAUGCACAAGAAACACAGCGGGUAUUGAUUUAUAGCCAUUAUAUUCAGGCAAAAAAAAAAGCAUAAUCUGUAUACAUUUGCACAGUGCACUCACUUUGUAUGUACAUAUCAUUUAUUGUUUUAUCUGAUUUUUAUUUUUCAGAAUUGAUAAUACAAUGCGCAUGUGCCAGAUUUCAAGAGUAGAGAAACAAAGAAAUGAAUUCAGAAA